AUGUAUCUGCUGGAACAACGCCAACUCCUGAACCCCAACCAGGCCGGUUUCCGGAAACACAGGUCGACGGAGGACCAGAUUCUGAGGCUGGUACAGGCGACGGCGGAUGGCCUUGAAGAAAGGAAGCGGACCCUGCUGGUGACGGUGGACUUUUCCACAGCCUAUGACAAGGGCGCGGUGACAUCCCCGGCGCUAUUCAACCUAUUCAUCAACGACAUCACCGACGACUUCCCACCGGGCGUGUCGGCGUCGCUGUACGCCGACGACCUAGCCAUCUGGUGCAGCGACCGUGACGUCUCUGCCGCCGAGACCAAGGUGCAGCGUGCCCUGGACAGCCUGGAGGAGUGGGCCCGACGCUGGAAAAUGGUGGUCAGCCUGGAGAAGACUACCUCCACUAUCUUCACGCUCGACCCAGCUGAGGCACGGCGAGAAGCGGCGCUCCAUUUCCAGGGCCAACCAGUGAAGUUCUCCCCCACCACGACGUUCCUGGGCAUCGCCCUCGAUAGGAGCCUCACCUUCACGGGACAUGUGAAGACGAUCAAGGCCAAGAUGCUCCAAAGGAACAACGUCCUUCGGGCCAUCAGCGGCACGACGUGGGGCUGCUCACCGUCUGAUCUGCGCAGCACAUACCUCGCCUUCUCUCGCGCCUGCGCCGACUACGCCGCCGGUGCUUGGAUGCCCGGCCUCAGCGAGUCUGGCCUGAGGGAGCUGGAAACGGUGCAAAGACAGGCGUGCAGGACAAUCACCGGCUGUCGACGGACUGCCGCCGAGGAGACGCUAGCCGGACUGCCGAACCCGGACGUCCAGGCUUUCACGGACGGCUCGGCCACAGCCGGCACAGAACGAGGCGGAGCAGGGGCAGUCGUCUAUAGGAGCGGCAGGGAAGUGAAGAGGAUCCGAGCGCCAGCGGGGCGCUUCACGUCGAGCUACACAGCGGAGCUUAUCGCUCUACGAGAGACACUCAAAUACAUCGAGUCCAUCCUCACCGAUCAAGACCCUGCACUCAAUAUCCAGCUGUGCACCGACUCCCUAUCAUCCCUUAUGCGUCUGAGGGAAGGCCCGGCCAACCAGACUGAACGGGUCGCUGACCAAGUCUGGCUAUCCCUCCGGCGACUAGGACGACGCCACCGCGUGGACCUUCAGUGGGUUCCCGGUCACGCGGGAGUCGCCGGCAACGAGAUCGCCGAUGCCGUGGCCAGGGAGGCCGCUGAGCUGCUGCAGGACGGGACACCCAUCACCUUCGCGGCGGCCAAGAGCCUGCUGAAGCGCCACGUAAGCAGAGAGUGGGUGGAGAGCACGCGCCACUCCCGACCGGCGCCCGCGACCCGCCCGCACCUAAGCCACGACUACCACGAUGUCGUCGGCCCGGGCAGGGUCAGGCUGGCAGACAGGCUCGGCCUGUCUAGGAGAGAGGGCACCGCUCUGGCGCGCCUCCGGACCGGCCACUCUCCUGCCCUGCAAGCUUACCGUCACUUCAUCGGGGCGGAGGAGGACGAUGGGUGCCCGACCUGCGACGGCGGAGUCAGGGAGGACGCGGAACACUUACUGACGUCGUGCCCCGCGACGGCCCGCGUCCGUCACGACGUUUUCGGGAGAGAGGACCCGACGCUGCGGGAGGUCUUCGCUGACCCAUGCCGGGUCAUCGAGUUCCUGCGGCGCCUGGGCCGACUAUAG